AUGUUUAUUGUGUGGAAAAAGCUGCUGAGACUUCAUCCUAUAAUGAGAAGAAUGAGUACACCUCUAACAGAUGCUGCCAAGAAUAUUGGAAAAGCUAGAGAAACACUACAUGAUGCACAUGAGGCUCUAAAAACUGAUAGGAUGUAUAUCAACAAAAUUGAGCAAGUCAAGCAACAUUCUGAAGAAUUAAUUAAGUGGCAAGAAAUGGAAUUUAACUUGCUGAAACAGCGGAAAAAGAUUGAUUGGUUGCGGCUAAGUGAUGGAGAGUGUCAAGUUCAAGGACUACAGUCUCAUCAGAGGGUCAUCAGCGUAUCUUCAAAUUCAAGUGCUCAAAGUAACCUUGCAGCUGAUGCACAUAUGAGGAUCCUUCAGGAUGCAUAUAGGUCUGUGUUUUAUUGCUUUCCAAGGAGUGCAGUUCCUUCUUGGUUCCCUUACCGUUGCAAGGGACAUUCAAUGACUGAAUAUGCUCAUUGGUUUUGUCCUAUGUGUCGUUUUGGGACUUGA